UUCUCUCUCUCUUUCUUUUUUAAUUCUUUUUUUUUUCCCUUUCGUUUCUAUCCCUUCUUUCUCCCAUCUCUCUUUUUCGUUUUACACAAAGACACAAAUACGCUUUUCAUUGAUACACAAACAUACACGUUAUAAAUAUACACAGAUAACAUCUCCCAUAAUAGAUUACUUUUUCCCUUUUCUCCAUUUUGUUCACUAUUACUCUUCUACAACUGCUACGACAACUACUAGGAACCACAAUUACUGCCUCCACCGCCACCACUGUUAUAAUACAUUCCAUUCAUUCUUUAUCCUUGCUCUCUCAUUUUUCUUUUUACUUCCCAAAGUUCUCUUUAUUUAUUUUAGUCUAAAACUCUACUGCCUGUUCUUUCUGACUUAAAUCAGUUCUAGUCUAUUACCCUCCAUCACAAUUCCGCUGGAAUGCAGCUCCAUUCAUGCCCCUCUGACUCAUCGCCAUCCACUGCCUCAUCUCUUCAUAACGAGUCUCCUUGUCCUCAAUCUACCACACCUGGCUCUGAUAGCAGCCCUUCUCUUCUAGACCUUAGUUGCGAAUUAUCAUCAUUCCAUCCGACCUUCCCACUCUUCGAUACGUUGUUUCAUCAUCAAUCCUCCAAAAGCAACCCUAAUAACAACCACAACAAUAAUGAUGCCAUCAACGCCAAUGGCCGCUCCUCUAAUGGCAUCAAAGAUACCAUUAUCAUCAAUAGCCAUAACGAUAACAACAAUGGUAACAGCGGCAACACAAGCUCCAUCAUUAAUCUUGGUAAAUGUAUUAUUCCAGGAGCCCCUUUCAAACCUGCCCUCCUAAAUCACUCUGAACCCCUUGAUCUAUCAGCUACAGAGCCCUCGCCAACAUUAGAGCAACGUCUUGUGCCCGUCUUGGAGUACCUCUCUCCUUCUUGCCCGGCAACAGAGGUAACACCUCAAGUUUCAAGUCCAGACUCGACUGACAACGCAGUCCCUUCUCAAGACACAGGCUCAGGCACGGCCCAUAAUGAGCACGACGAAAGAAAAGAACAGACAGGGGAUGAAGCACUGUCGGAGCCGCAAUUCCACAGGGGCAGCGAUGUUGACGGCCUAGAGAGCCCACUCUUAACUCAACAUUCACACAUCAUCUACUCAACAAGCACUUCUUCAGUUAUGGCCACUGCUGCUUCUAUAUCAGAGGCACAGAACAAUGCUGAAGCGAUGGUGUCAUCGGACAGUCCACUCGAUCACAAACACGAACACAGACACGGACUUGAUCACGAACAACACAAUUGUCCCACUCAAUCAGACAGCAACAACAUCAACAUAAACAUGUUUAACGUCAAUAUCAGUAACAAUAGCAGCGGCAGUGGCUCAUGCGAGAUUGUAUUUUGUGAAGAAACAAUUACCAGCAACUACAUCAUUACAUCGUACUCUAACACAGCUGGAUCGACUCUAUCAAAUCCUGUUACCACCCAAGAGCAGACAUUCUCGGAAAUAAAGUCUGGUGGUAAGCUAUCAAGCAUGGCAGUAAGGCAAUAUUACUCUGUCACGGAGGAGGAGGAUGAUGAUUCAGGAGAUGAGCUGGUGGAGUCUUUGGCCAUUGGUGCUGAACGCAAAAAGCGGACAACGAGCGUUGAAAGUUGUGAUUCAUUCUCUAGUGCCAAGAAGAGAAGGAAGAGCAAAUUGAGCCAACAUGGUCUGGCAAGUCAAUCAACAAAGAAUGAUUUUCAACGUUUUGUUAAAAAGGAGAAUAACCAAGGCUUAAUGGGUGCAUCCAACAAGUUGACAGAGAAGAGCUUUGCUUUUGAUGCAUCAACACUUGUUCUCACGUGGUUUCAGCCUCAGCAGGGGCAUGCAAACAGGAAAUCAAGAAAACUACAGCGGCUACGUCGCUCGUUUCACUUUAGACACAGUGAAUCUGAUCAUGAUGACAGUAGGAACAGUGCCAUUCUGACCUGCACGCAUCGUCGUGAUUACGUUGAUAGCUGUCAUUGUCGAAAGAGGCAAUUCACAAACGCAUUCGAGCUAUUCCGACCUCUAAGUGUAGCGUCCCGAAUGACAGACUAUUAUCCAGAGUGGAUAAAAUCAAUUAAGAAACGCAAGAUACAUCAAUUCCCAACCAAAUGGACGUCUUCAUUAUCGCCCUCGCAUUAUGUGAAAUUACUUACCCUGAAAGACUUUUGGGAUGUAAUGGACGCUCGACAAGCCGAUUCUUUUUCGUCGUCUAUCUAUGAUCUCUCAGCAGUUAGCAAUCUUGAUUCUCAUGCAAAUUCCAUUGCGAGGGGAGCAAAUGAAUCUACUGAAUGUAUGACCAAAGCAGCGCUUGGACGGUCUCUGAGGAGAAAAAAGAUCGUUCGACAAUAUCCAUGCGCUUUAAGCUCUAUAAAAGGUCUUUGGGAAGAGGAGCUACGGCAGCAGAGAGAGCGACAGAUGAUCCCAGAUAGUAUUCGGAGGCCACCAAGGAAUAAAAUCUUCAGUUCCAAGCCAAUCCCCACCUCAAACACAAAGCCCGCUCUUCCGAGUUUAUUUACAUCCACGCAAGGGACAUCCCUUGGGAUGUCAGAUUCGCCGAGGACCUCUACAAAUGAAACUUCCACAUCACCAUCGGGCAUGGAGGGGAUUGGUAUUACAGCGACCAACCAAAAGAUACCACAGCCUACAUUAUCGGAUUUGGAGCUAUCUUUGAAGAAGAAACAUCGAGCAGCAGCCAUCAUUCGAUCCCACGCGAUAGCUGAGGGGUCAGAUAUGUCUGAAUACAAACCAUGGAAAGAUGGUACAGUUACACCAAGCAUGGGAACUCUUCAGGAGUUAAAGGCGUCUCGAAGCAAUAUCAUGAAUCCUUGGCCAAUCGAAGAGUCAAAGGCAAGAGACGAAUGCACACGAAUCCUUCAUCGAAUGCGAGAGCAGCUUAAUAUCGUUAUAAACCUACAGAUUCACCUCCGCACAAUGAUCAAAUCUGCACCAACACAAUGGUCUUUCUUGCUCUCAAUCCGCCAUCCAGCGCAAGUUUCGAUAGAGUUACUUCUAGCGCUUUAUGGACCUCAUUUCACACAAACGAGCAACUUCCGUGCCAUCGAGCAACUCUUAUGGGGAGCAGGUCCGGGCACUGGUAUGGAAGCAAAAAGUCAUUCUAGCAGCUGUCAGACAUCAUCAUCUCAACUUCAAGUUGAAGCCUCAUCCACUACAGAGACGAUAUUACAGGCUUGAAGUGCCUUCACGUUGCCAUAUUACACAUAAUUUUACUCUUCACUCGAGCAUUUGAAUUUUUGUAAAUAAACCUAUUUUAUCAGUGUAGUGUCUAUUUUCUAAUCGAAAUAGCGAUGAUUUAAAAGCGAA